AUCUUCCACCAUCAUCAACCACUUCUUUGUCACUCCCUCGUCCUCUCUCCAUCCCUCUCAACCUCUUCACAACAACCUGCAUCGCUGUCACAGCUCGUCCUCAAGCUGCCCACAAUGAAAUUCCUUGGACUCCUCGCCCUCACGCUGGCCGCUGCUGCCCCCAUCGCGCCUGCACCUGCACCUGUGCUCGCGCCCGCCCCCGCCGCCGACGGCAUCUUCUACCACCCCCUCCCCGCGUGGACGCCCGGCCACCCCGAGCUCAACCCCAAACCCGCGUACCGGCACCAGAUCGAGGUGGACGGGCGCGUCUUCGCCGUCUCCCGGCCCACCUGGCUCGCGAGCUACCUCUCUUCGCUGCUCCCGCAGGCGUCUGACCCCGAAUCACGCGUCCUCGCCGCCCAGCUCCCACCAGACAGCGGGUACUCCUUCCACCGCACGUUCAUGUCGGACAUGCGCCACGCCGCCGCGCGCGGGUACGACGCCCUCGGGGACCGCAGGACGUAUGCCGCCGUCAUGCUCGUCGUUGCCGUGCUCAACUUUUCGAGCAUCCUUCUCGUCCUCAUGUUCUUCCGUGGACGAGACCGCGAGUGCGACUACGAGGAGGGAGCUGCCCCAGAAGGCAAGAUCAAGCUCGAGCAGUAGAUCCGCAGUGGAGGGUGAGGAGUAGACAUGUCUGCGACGCUAUAGUAGCUGUAUCACGAGUGUAAUGGACCUUUACGA